ACAACCAGCAACGCAAGCAAUGUUCAGCACACACGAGCUAGAACAAUGGACGAGUAGAGACUGAACAACAGAGAAGCAGAAUUCAUCUUCAAUUUUCUUCCAUUUCAUCUAAAAAGUAUGUCUCGCCGCGUCAGACCUGGCUACCAUCGACAAGAAAUCAACAAAACCUCAUGGGAGGUACCGGAUCGGUACCGCGAGUUGAAGCAGGUGGGGACGGGGGCUUACGGGACUGUGUGCUCCGCAGUGGACGUCAGAACCAAAACCAAAGUGGCCAUCAAGAAGCUGUAUCGGCCUUUCCAGUCGGAACUGUUUGCCAAACGGGCCUACAGGGAGCUACGACUUCUCAAACACAUCAAGCAUGAAAAUGUGAUCGGCCUCUUGGAUGUGUUCACGGCGGACCUUUCUUUGGACAGAUUUAAUGAUUUCUACCUGGUUAUGCCGUUCAUGGGGACAGACUUGGGCAAAGUGAUGAAACUGCAGAGGCUGUCUGAAGAAAAAAUCCAAUAUUUGGUCUAUCAAAUUCUCAAAGGUCUCAAGUUUAUUCAUUCUGCUGGGAUCAUUCACAGGGACCUCAAACCAGGAAAUCUUGCCAUUAACCAAGACUGUGAGCUCAAGAUUUUGGACUUCGGUUUAGCGCGUCAGGCCGACAGCGAGAUGACGGGCUACGUGGUGACGCGCUGGUACCGAGCCCCGGAGGUCAUCUUGAGUUGGAUGCACUACAGUCAGACCGUGGAUAUUUGGUCAGUCGGUUGCAUCAUGGCGGAGAUGUUACAAGGAAAACCCCUCUUUAAAGGCAAUGACCAUCUCGAUCAGCUGACUGAAAUCAUGAAAAUCACUGGAACGCCAUCUCAGGAAUUGAUGGGCAAACUACAAUCAGAAGAUGCUAAAAACUACAUCAAAAGUAUUAAAAAAGUAGAAAAGAAAGACCUUCGCAAAGUCUUCUCCAACGCCAAUCCACAAGCCGUGUCCGUGCUGGAGCGGAUGCUAUUGCUGGAUCCGGAUGAGCGGACGACUGCGGCGGACGCCCUCACGCUGCCGUAUUUCAGGGAAUUUCGGGAACCGGAAGAGGAGACAGAAGCGCAGCCGUACGACGACUCUUUGGAUAACGCGGAUCUGCCUUUGGAACAGUGGAAACGUCACACCUUCACGGAAAUAUUAACUUUCAAGCCUUUUGUGAUGGAAUCCAAGGAAACCUCUUUGUAAGACAUAAAAAAUGCCAAUGUAUUAGCCUUUACAUACAAUUGGUUUUGUUUUAUCACCUCAGGUACUUCAAUUUCAUUCAAUAUUUGUAUAUAUUUUCUGCUAUGGAAUUGAUCACGAGUAGCUAGCUAUAGCUGUCAAUGUUGGACGCAUGUUCAGUAAAUACAACCAUUCUCAUGUGUAAAACAUCAUGCAUUUUUCAUGUUUGUGUCUCUUUGAGAAUCAUAA